AUGCUGUCUAUCUCGCAUCUCUUGAUCAGCGCUGCUGUUCUCCACCUCGCCAUCGCCAUGCCGACAGCUGGCAAGGCCAAUCUCCAAGUCAGAGCCGGCGGCAAAGUGUCCGGCAGUCUGGCUACCUACAACUACGCCAACGUCGAAGACGGAAUCGGUGCCGGCUCGGACAAGUACAUCAUGUUCGACAACUACAACCCGACCAUGUUCACUAGCUGCGCCCAAUGGUCCGUACCCAACAACUCCGGCGAAGAAGUCGGCGACAUCUGGAACGCCAUUCAGCAAUUCUCCGGCGAAACAGGCGUCGACCACCGCUUCAUCCUCGCCAUCAUGAUGCAGGAGUCCGCUACCUGUAACGAAAACGGAGCGGCGCCCCCUUGUCCUCAGGAGCCUAUCACUCAGAUGAUCCGCGAUGGCGUCGCUGGGACUGCUGCGGGCGAUGGGAUGGCUCAGUGCAUUAACAAGGCGGUUGAACAGUUCCAUGAUGAGGAUGCUAGGACUUACUAUAGGGCUGCGAGAAGUUAUAACUCUGGCUCGGUCGCGGAUUCUGGAAUUCUUGAGGAGGGUAUUGCCACGCAUUGCUAUGCUUCGGAUGUUGCGAAUAGGCUUACCGGUUGGGUCAAUGCUGAUCAUGGCUGCAACUACGCUCGCUUCGCAGUAGACGCACAGAAGAAGCCUUUCCUUGGACGGUCGAACCUACAGAAGAUUUAG